AUGGUAUUUCUGAAUGAUAAGGUCAAAGUUACGAGCCGAGGGUCAGGCGCAGGACGUGUCAAUGGUUUUACUGAACUAUACCUCAAAGCACUAGCCCAGAAGGGCUUCUCCUUCUGGAAGACCAAGGGCCCAAAGUGGCAGCCUGACAUUCAAUCUCCCUUUGCCAUGAGCUUCAGCAUGGGCAGAGGAGCCAGGAAGAAAGAUGAAGAUUCCGUGACUGAAGUGGGAGAAGGAACAGAUGAAUGGACACAGUCCAAAAUUACAGUUAGACCUCCUGACCAGCUGGAUUUGACUGAUUUGGAGCUAAAGGAGGAAUUUACCCGAAUCCUGACAGCCAACAAUCCACAUGCACCCCAGAACAUUGUCAGGUACAGCUUCAAAGAAGGUACAUACAAGCCUGUUGGCACUGUGAACCAAAUGGCAGUUCACUUCAGUCAGGUUGGGAACCUGGUCCCCAAAGACUCAGAUGAAGGCCGGAGGCAGCACUUCCUGGAUGAGCUGGCAGCAGGUUCUCAGGAGUCUGCCAAGGCGGUGAUUACAGAAACAGAAAACCUGGAAGAAGAGGAGGAGCCCAAGGAACUGGAAACUGGCAGCCAAACGAACACAGAGGUGAUUGAAGCAGUGAUUGAGGAGGAGCUGCUGGCACCAAGGCAGCCACUGGAACGUAAGCUCACCAACAAGUUCAACUUCAGUGAAAGGGCUUCGCAGACCUUCAACAGCCAGCUUCGGAACCGAGAGUGCCAGAUGGAGCCUCCUCCCAGGGCAAACUUCUCAGCCACGGCCAAUCAGUGGGAAAUUUAUGAUGCCUACAUGGAGGAGCUUGAGAAGCAGGAAAAGACCAAAGAGAAGGAGAAGACAAAGACUCCAGUAACUAAAAAAGUGGGGACUAUGGCUCUAAAGAAGAUGGCCUCAAUGGAGUCACAGAGUGAUGACAUUACCAAGGUGGCACAAGCUGCUAAAAUCGUGGAGAGGAUGGUCAACCAGAACACAUAUGAUGAUGUUGCUCAAGAUUUUAAAUAUUACGAGGAUGCAGCAGACGAAUACCGGGACCAGGAGGGGACCCUGCUGCCACUCUGGAAGUUCCAAAACGACAAAGCCAAGCGCCUGGCUGUCACCGCCCUCUGCUGGAAUCCCAAGUACAAGGAUCUAUUUGCCGUGGGACAUGGCUCCUACGACUUCAUGAAGCAGAGCCGGGGCAUGCUGCUGCUGUACAGCAUGAAGAACCCCAGCUUCCCUGAGUUCAUCUUCAGCAGUGAGAGCGGCAUCAUGUGUCUGGACAUGCACAAGGACCACCCGUACCUGGUGGUUGUGGGCCACUAUGACGGCAACGUAGCCAUCUACAACCUUAAGAAGCCCCAGUCCCAGCCCGCCUUCCGCAGCUCAGCCAAGUCGGGCAAGCACACAGAUCCUGUGUGGCAGGUCCGGUGGCAGAAAGACGACAUGGACCACAACCUGAACUUCUUCUCUGUGUCCUCUGAUGGCAGGAUCAUGUCUUGGACACUGGUGAAGAGCGAGCUGGUGCACACUGAUGUCAUCAAGCUGAAGGUCCAAGGAAACGGCUCUGAAAACCUGGAGGGCUUGCAGCUGCACACAGUAGCCUGUGGCACUGCCUUUGACUUCCAUAGAGUGAUCGACUACCUGUUCCUAGUAGGCACCGAGGAGGGAAAAAUCUAUAAGUGCUCGAAAUCCUACUCCAGCGAGUACCUGGACAUCUUUGAUGCCCACAACAUGGCAGUAGAUGCCCUGAGCUGGAAUCCGUACCAUACCAAGGUCUUCUUGUCCUGCAGCUCUGACUGGACUGUGAAGAUCUGGGACCACACAGUCAAGACCCCAAUGUUCAUCUAUGACCUCACUGCUGCCGUGGGGGACGUGGCCUGGGCCCCCUACUCUUCCACAGUGUUUGCAGCCGUCACCACCAAUGGGAAAGCUCAUGUGUUUGACUUGUCCGUCAACAAAUAUGAGGCCAUCUGCAGCCAGCCCGUGGUGGCCAAAAAGAAGAACAAGAUUACACAUGUGCAGUUCAACCCAAUCCACCCCAUCAUCAUUGUGGGUGAUGACCGUGGGCACGUCACUUGCCUCAAGCUCUCCCCCAACUUGCGCAAGAUGCCCAAGGAGAAGAAGGGGCAGGAAGUGCAAAAGGGCCCAGCUGUGGAGAUUGCAAAAUUUGACAAAUUGCUGAACUUGGUGAGGGAAGUGAAGACUAAGACCUGAGGCCUGAUCUGUCCCUCCCAUUUCUUGAACUCUCAGUACUUGUGGUCCCUUAUCCAGACCCCAGGCCCUGACUGCAUCCCCGAUAUGUAAUUCCAUUCCUGGUCAUGCUUAGACAGAAUUGCCUUUUGCACUCUGUCCCAGCACCUCUCUAGAGAACCUGGCCCUCCACUCCAGUGGUCCACUCCCACCACUGCACAAAUAAACCUUUUCAGAAGCCUCA